AUGCCACUCCGAGCCAAGCUGUUGCCGCAGCAGCCACAGACACGAGGCAUGAUGUCGGCGACAGAAGCAUACGAACACUUUAAACCCCGCGACGGCGACGAGCCGGAAGAUGUCCUCUUCAACAGCCUCUAUGGCCUCCGGUCGAUCGAGCUCAACCGGCCCCGCAAGUACAACGCCCUCAACGGUUCCAUGAUCCGCAAAAUCGCACCCCGCCUGAUCGAGUGGCAUAAAUCCGACAUGGCCAACGUCAUCGUCAUGAAGGGCGCCGGAGACAAGGCCUUCUGCGCCGGCGGCGACGUGGCCCAGCUAGCCGAAUGGAACAAGGAGGGCCCCGAGGGCCAGGCAAAGUCCGUGGAGUACUUCGCCCAGGAAUACCAGCUCGACCACAUGAUCGCUACUUAUCAAAAGCCCUACGUCGCCUUCAUGGACGGCAUCACCAUGGGCGGUGGCGUUGGUCUCAGCAUCCACGCCCCAAUCCGCAUCGCGACCGAGCGCACCCUCUUCGCCAUGCCCGAGACCACCAUCGGCUUCUUCCCAGACGUCGGCGGCUCCUUCUUCCUGCCCCGCCUGCCCGGUUCCAUCGGCACUUACUUGGCCCUAACCAGCUCACGCCUCAAGGGCGUCAACGCCUUUUACGCUGGUAUCGCAACCCACUACCUCCACUCGACCACCCUCCCGCAGCUGGAGUCCCGCCUCGCCGAGCUCCGCUUCAACGACUUCGACACGCUCUCACAACGCCUAACCCUCGUCAACAACACGAUCGAGGAGUACACCACCGGCCUGCCGCACGACGAGCCUAUGCAGCUAGCAGGCGACGUCCGCCGCGCCAUCGACCGGUGUUUCUCACACGACAGCAUCGAAGCCAUCCAGGAGGCGCUCGAGAAAGAAACCGGCGACACGCAGAAGUGGGCGCAGGACACCCUGGCCACGCUGAACCAGCGCUCCCCGACCGCCGUGCACGUCACGCUGCGACAGAUGCGCAUCGGCCGCAAAUGGGACAUCGCGACCACCUUCCAGCGCGAGCUGGGCAUCGCGGCCAAGUUCAUGGCGGGCCACGACUUCACCGAGGGGGUCAGCGCGCAGCUGCUGGAAGAGAAGCGGCGCCCGGCCAACUGGCAACCUGCGUCGCUAGCCGACAUUUCCGAGGAGGACAGCAAGGCCCUGACGCGCGAUUACUUCGUCAUGCCCCCCGGCCAGCCGCGGCUGGAGCUACUCAACAGAGGCACGUUUGACGAGUACCCGUUCGCGGAGAAGUUUGGGAUCCCUACGGAGAAACAGGUCGAGGAUAAGGUGGCGCGUGGCCUGUUGAACGGGAAGAAGCUGAUCAACCAGUUCUUGCACGAGCGGAAUAACAAGCAGGGCGUGAGGGAGAUUGUGGAGGAGAUUUUGCAUCGCAAGACGGUGGGGCGGGGGUCGACGGUUCUUAAGUGGGUGUAUGAGGAGACAGAGGAGGACCCAAAUGAGUUUGUUAGACCUGGGGUUAAGAUGUAA